CCAGGUUAGAUCCUCAGAAAUCUUGACACCCAGGAACUUGAAGCUGCUCACUCUCUCCACUUCUGAUCCCUCUCUGAGGAUUGGUAUGUGUUCCUUUGUCUUACCCUUCCUGAAGUCCACAAUUAGCUCUUUCGUCUUACUGUCAUUGAGUGCCAGGUUGUUGCUGGGCGCCACUCCACCAGUUGGCUCAUCUCACUCCUGUACGCCCUCUCGUCACCACCUGUGAUUCUACCAACAAUGGUAUCGUCAGCAAAUCUAUAGAUGGUAUUUGAGCUAUGCCUAGCCACACAGUCAGAGCAGUGGGCUAAGCACACACUCCUGAGGUGUGCCGGUGUUGAUCGUCAAGUGGUAAAAAUAGAAUUUGAAAUCAAAUAAUAUUUGAUCAAACCCCACAUGCCACUAUUUAAACUAAUUUCCAGGGACCCAGAGUUUUGGGAACUUGGUUCCUCUGAUGGGAACGGAUGUUUGGAUGCCGGUUCCUAACGGAGCGGAUUGGUGGCUGGAUCGAUUUCCGGUCCGUCGAUGUAACAGGACCGCAAGCAAUGAGACCAGAGGAAUCAGUGGCUGUCGCCCUCCGGGCGUUGAACCGACUGCUGCGUGAGCGCCGGCUCCAUGGAGCUCUGGCCGCUGUCAAGGGAUUCCGCAACGGGCUGGUCUAUGGAGCCAAAAUUCGAGCCCCACACGCUCUUGUGAUGACAUUCCUGUUUAAGAAAGGAAGCCUCCUGGACAAACUGAAAGCCAUCGCCCUCGCCACCUAUACUCAUUCGCGAAACCUGGCCCUCUUUGUCUUCACGUACAAGUCUCUGUUGGCAGUGCAGUGCUGGUGGCAGAGUGAGAAGGCACAAUUCCACUCAUUCCUGGCAGCUUGUGUUGGAGGCUGGUUGGUGUUCGGAGACAACAACCACAUCAACAGUCAGAUAAACAUGUACCUGCUGUCCCGCGUUCUGUUUGGACUUUCUCGCCUGGCGGUCGAGAAGGGUUACUUCCCGGAGACAAAGCGGGACCCAUUCCCGCUGUUUGCUGCGUUGGUGUGGGGUCUCGUCCUGUGGCUGUUUGAGUACCACCCACACACACUGCAACCGUCUCUCCAGUCAUCUAUGUCCUACCUUUACGACGACAGCAAUAUUUGGCACGAUUUAUCGGACUUUCUGCUUCACAACAAAAAGAGGACUGGCCAAUGAGAUAAAGACCAAAGCAAAUCAGGACGAUACUUUCGGAUUUACUACAUUAAUUUUUUUCCCUCUUCCUGAAGGCUUUACUUACUUGAUGCAAUUUACCAAUCAGCUCACAAGUCCAUCACAGUAGGGCUCAAGGUAUCUCUGACACUUUGACACUUACUAAACAUGUAGGUAAGUUACCUUUCCAAAGCAGAAAGGCUAAGCACGGAGCAAUGCACACAAAAUGCUGGAGGAACUCUGCUGGUCAAAGUUCAAAGUACAUAAUAUGUCAUCAUGUACAAGUUGAAGAUUCAGUUUCCUGUUGGCAUUACCUUCUUUUAAAUUGGGUUCUUUUGUGUUUUUGUGGCUGCCUGUUAAGCAGAAGAAGCUCAAGUUAGUGUAAUUUAUACAAACUUUGAUAAUAAAGUGUACUUUGAACUUUGAAAUCAAUAAUAGAAUAAUAACCUUAAUAGAGUCAAUGAAAGACCACACCAACUUGGGUGUUCAACCAGUGUGCAAAAAACAACAAACUGUGGAAAUACACAAAGAAAGAGAAAAUAAAUAAAUGGGUAGAUUGAUAAGUAAAUAAAAUAAUAAAUAAGCAAGCAGUAGUUAUUGAGAACAUGAAAUGAAGAAUCCUUGAAAUUGAGUCCAUAGGUUGUGGAAACAUUUCAAUGAUGGGGCAAAUCAAGUUGACUAAAUUUAUCCCCUUCGGUUGAGGGGUAACAACUGUUCCUGAACCUAGUGGUGUGAGUCCUGAGGCUCUGUAUAUUCUUGAUGAUAGGUAGCAGUAAGAAGAGAACAUGUCCUGGGUGAGAGAUUGAAAUUAAGUGAGGUUGUUAUGUUGUCAGACAUCUAUGGAGUCAAUGUUUUGGGUCUGAUUUGCUGAGUUCUGAAUCUCUCUCCCACAAUCACCUAUCUUUCCGCCUCACCUGGUUUCACCUAGCACUUACCUUCUUCAUCAGUACUCUUUCCCACCUUCUUAUUCAGGCUUCCUCCUCCCUCCUUCCCGGUCCUGAUAAAGAAACUCAGCCUGAAACAUUGACUGUCUAUUCCUCUCCAUAGAUGCUGCCUGACCUGCCGAGUUUCUCCAGCAUUUGGUGUGUUGCUUUGGAUUUCCGGCGUUCACAGAAUCUCUUCUGUGUCAAACUAAGCACGGUUGACAAUGUACUUCCUUUCAGGAAUACUCUGACCAGUCUCAUAUUCCCUCAUGCUGUAAUGGUUUAGAUUCAGACCUUACUAAUGCUGCUGUAGGCACCACUUGGUGUCGACUAAGAUUGUAGCACUGGAUGUAGAUUUUUUAAAAGUUUUUUUUAAUAUUAAGUUCAAAAUUCACAUGACCUACCUAGUGGUCCAGUAGAGGCCAGUGAGUUGGUGGUUAAUAUGGAGGCAGGGAUGAGGUGGGGGGGGGGGGCACUGGUGGCUCUUCUCCCGACUGGUAUCUGUAUCUAAUCUUCAGGACUGUGUGCAUCUACUGUAGCGAACAGAGAAGUUGUUUCAUCUAAUUGGGAACUCCUUGCAUAUGAUGUGCCUAAGGAAGUACAGGGAGGAUAAAAAAAUUCUGAGUGCAAAGUAGGCUCUCCACUGGCAUAUUUCCCUGCUACCAUCCUACACAGAUUUUGUUGCUGUUCCUAGUCUCAGCCAAACCAUUCUACCAACUGGAAGAAGCUGGUUUAUGACUCUUGUACAAUUGCAACAUGGUGCCCCAAGUCCUAUAUUCUGCAUCCUGUCUGCUGAAGGCCAGCGUGCUAUUCUCUUCAUCCCCCUGUGAUACCAGGUAGCUAUGUAUGUGUACUCCCAUGCCACUCAGUUCUCCAAGGCCCUACUGUUCACUGUGAAAGGCCUAGCCUGGGUUGACUUCGACAUGAACCUCCUGAAUACUUCACAGAAGUCCUUCAGAGACAGUUGGUUAUAAUUGAAACUUGAGAAAUUGAAGGCAGUGUUAAAAUUGACUGGGCGGGCGGGGGUGGGGUGGGGGGGGGUUGCAGUGAUGGAGGGGGCAGCACCGCCGAGCCGAGCCUCCAAUCACCUUGUAUCCUGCAAAGAUCGCUAUUGGUUCUGCAGGUAAUCAUCCUAUUAAUAAACAACUUGGAUACUUGAUAUUUUAACCUA